UUGAUCUUUAAAAUUUUAAGGUUAGUAUAGCUACUAUUAUAGUUAAGAAGAAGAAUAAUAAUUAAUAAUUAAUAAUGUCAGCUGAUCAUACCAGAGAUCCAUGUCCUAUAGUUAUUUUAAAUGAUUUUGGUGGUGCCUUUGCCAUGGGUGCUAUUGGUGGUACUGUAUGGCAUGGAAUUAAAGGAUUUAGAAAUUCUCCAUAUGGUGAAAGAUUUGUAGGAGCAAGUGCUGCUAUAAGGACUAGAGCUCCAGUUGUUGGAGGUAAUUUUGGUGUUUGGGGUGGUUUAUUUUCUACUUUUGAUUGUACUGUUAAAGCUGUUAGAAAGAGAGAAGAUGCUUGGAAUGCUGUUAUUGCAGGAUUUUUCACUGGUGGUGCUUUAGCUAUUAGAGGAGGCUGGAAACAUACUAGAAAUUCUGCUAUUACUUGUGCCUGUUUAUUAGGUGUAUUUGAAGGGGUUGGUAUGAUGAUGCAAAGAGUAUUUGCUCAACCAGCUGUUGCUCCUGUAUACCCUGAUGAACCACAAAGAUUAGCUGCUUAGACUACUAAAUUAUUGCAUUCUUCAUUAAAUAAUUUAAACUAUCCCAAUCUACAUACAUAAAGGGGUUUUAGUUUAAAUUCUUGUAUAUAUCUUGCACAUAAUGAUUAAUUCAUUUCAACUCUUCUUCUUACGAUUAAUUUUUGUUCCAUAGAUUUCUUAAUGUACAUUAUAAUUAUUAUUAU